AAUUUGGAAAAACAAAAAAAAGGAAGGAAAAAUUGAGAAUCUCUCUCUCUUAUUGUAGCUGCUUCCAUCGAGCACUCUGCUCUGUUCUGCUGAUCAUCGGUGCUUCGGAGACAUUCCGACGAUGGAGUUCCCGUUCGGGCACCAGUCUCACUCCCACACUCACACCCACCACCGCAGGGACGACGACGACUACGAAGACCGAGACAGACCGCCGAGAGACGUCCCGUACCCACCACCGCCGCAGCCACCCUUCGAUCACCCCCCGCCACCUUACUACGGCGGCGGGGACGAAUUCCCGCCACCUCCGCCGCCGUCAAAUGUGUACCACACCUCCCAUGUCCCCCCACCUUAUGAUCCCUACCCUCCCCCAGCUCAAGAUUCGGGCUACGGCAACUACCCGCCUUACCAUCGUCCCCAAGAAUCGGAGGGCUUCUCCGAUUACCCGCCUCAGCAGCCUCCUUCGACUGUUCACCACGUCUCUCAUGAGACUGAGACCCAUCACUCAUACCGACCGCACAUGCCUUCAUUCAUUCAUCACCACACUUCUGAGCAGCAGCCUGAUUCUGCACCCGUUGUGACUGUGGGGGGAGGAGGGGCGCUUGCCUCGUAUUUCUCCAGUAAAUCCACUGUUAAGGUCUACUGCAAGGCGGAGCCUAAUUACACCUUAACUGUCUGUGAUGAUAAGGUCAUUCUAGCGCCUUAUAACCCGAAUGACCCGAUGCAGCAAUGGUACAAAGAUGAGAAGUUCAGCACAAGAGUUAAAGACGAGGAGGGUUUCCCCUGCUUUUCCCUUGUUAACAAGGCUACUGGUCAGGCCAUCAAACACUCAGUGGGAGCUUCUCAUCCCGUACAACUGAUACCUUAUAGCCCUGAGCAACUCGACAGCUCUAUCCUGUGGUCGGGGGGCAAGGACUUAGGAGAUGGGUACAGAGCCAUUAGAAUGGUAAACAACGUCCGCCUCAAUUUGGAUGCUUUCCAUGGUGACAAGAAAUCUGGUGGGGUCCAUGAUGGCACCACCAUCGUACUCUGGCAGUGGAACAAGGGCGAUAAUCAGCGCUGGAAGAUCGCAACAACCCAUUGAUGCUUGAGGUGAUAUCACUGAGGUCGGAAUGCUGUUGUGUUUCAUUUCAUUGGUGUAUCCAGAACGGGUGUAUUUCGGUUUGUUUCUCUAUAAGCAUCUGUUCUAAAUCCAUGUAAUGUGUGUGCUUUUCUGGGUGUGUCGGGGACUCGGCUGCUACUGCUAUCAUAAUUAUUUGUAAUUAUGCCGACAUAUACACUUAUAUAAUGUUUGAUAUUAAUCUAUAUCUUAUGAAUAUUCCCUGUAA